GGGGAGAAAUUUGGAAUUGGAGCUUUCUUGCUUUUGGAUCUCUCCAAUACUGUGCAUUGGUGUGCGUGCUUCUUGCAGAAACAGAAGAAAAGGCCACAGAUGGCUCUCUGCAGAGUGAAGACUGGACACUUAACAUGGAGAUCUGUGACAUUAUCAACGAGACAGAAGAAGGUCCAAAGGAUGCCAUUCGAGCACUGAAGAAGAGGCUGAAUGGAAACAAAAAUUACAGAGAGGUCAUGCUGGCGCUGACGGUGUUGGAGACCUGUGUGAAGAACUGUGGCCAUCGCUUUCAUGUCUUAGUGGCAAACCGUGACUUCAUAGAUGGUGUUCUGGUGAAAAUCAUCUCGCCCAAGAAUAACCCCCCCACUAUUGUACAGGAUAAAGUACUAGCGCUGAUUCAGGCUUGGGCUGAUGCCUUUCGAAGUAGCCCUGAUUUAACUGGAGUAGUGCAUAUUUACGAAGAACUCAAGAGGAAAGGCAUAGAGUUUCCCAUGGCAGAUCUAGAUGCUCUGUCUCCAAUACACACACCACAGAGGAGUGUUCCUGAAGUUGAUCCUGCAGCAAAUAUGCACAAUUCACAGUCUCAGCAAAGGAUGAGCACCAGUUCUUAUUCUUCAUCUUCUCCAACGGCAUAUUCUGCUCCUCAGGCCCCGGCUCUGAAUGUGACCGGACCCAUCACUGCUAAUUCUGAACAGAUUGCCCGGCUGCGCAGUGAACUGGAUAUUGUUCGUGGGAAUACAAAAGUGAUGUCUGAAAUGCUGACAGAAAUGGUACCUGGACAAGAGGAUUCCUCAGACCUUGAGUUACUCCAGGAACUGAACCGAACCUGUAGAGCUAUGCAGCAGAGAAUUGUGGAGCUUAUCUCACGAGUGUCCAAUGAAGAAGUCACAGAGGAACUGCUGCAUGUGAAUGAUGAUUUAAAUAACGUCUUCCUCAGAUACGAAAGAUUUGAACGAUACAGAUCGGGACGUUCAACACAAAAUGCCAGCAAUGGAGUAUUGAAUGAGGUGACGGAAGAUAACUUAAUAGAUUUGGGUCCUGGAUCUCCAGCUGUAGUGAGUCCAAUGGUUGGAAACUCAGCACCCCCAUCUUCACUUUCUUCACAGCUUGCAGGGCUGGACUUGGGUACAAACAGCGUCAGCGGCACACUCAGCUCUCUACAGCACUGUAAUCCUCGUGAUGACUUCGACAUGUUUGCACAGACAAGAGGCAGUUCCUUGGCUGAGCAGCGAAAGAAUGUGACGUAUGAGGAUCCGCAGGCUGUCAAAGGACUAGCGUCUGCCCUGGAUGUUCGAAAACAGAACACAGGAGGGAUCCCUGUUGCACAGUCCUCUGUCAUGGAUGACAUUGAGGAGUGGCUCAGUACCGACUUGAAAGGAGACGAACUGGAAGAAGGAGUGACCAGUGAAGAGUUUGACAAAUUUUUAGAAGAGCGAGCCAAAGCGGCGGAGAUGGUUCCCAAUCUGCCAUCCCCUCCCCUGGAAGCCCCUACCCCUCCGACAAAUCCUUCCAGCAGGAAAAAGCAAGAGCGUUCGGAGGAUGCUCUCUUUGCACUGUGAAGAUUGCUCUUAGCCGCCUUCCCACCCCCGUGCUCUGCAGGCGAAUGUCGCUGUACAGCCACUUCGUCCUCCCAUAGUACUUGGCUAACAACAACCCUCUUCCCCCCGAUUUCAUAGAUCGCUUCUCCUCCCCCCCCCCAGAAAAAUCCACCCACACAAGCUGACUCUUUCUAUUUAAGUCCAACACUAUUCCUGCCAGACCACGAUUCUCCAGCACACUCGCUUAAUCCCCUCCUUCCUAUCCCAGCUGCGCAGAACCAGCUCUUGAUGCUGAAAACCCCUUUAGAAUGCAUGAGUACGUCACACUGUGUUGAAACAAAAGCCCAGAGGGGAGAGAGCAGCCUUGCCCUUCAAUUUAUGUAGGGAUCAUCCUCUUCUGUAGGCAGGUCCUGCCAAGUAGACUGCUCUGUCGAUCAGCAUGUAAUUGACUGAGCUGGAAUGUUCAGGAGGAGAGUGUCUUUAUUUUUAGAUAAAAUGUUAAUGUAUUGGCUUUCGUGUCGGAUUCGACAGCAAGGAACAACUGUUCCCCUUUCAACAUGUGCUUCACAAGUUAAAAUCCUUUACUCUCCCACUCACACAUCUCCUGGUACCAUAUGGUGGUCGCUUUUCCCCACUUUGUGCGGCGCUUCAUAUUCUAAACCUCACAGGGUAUUUUUUUCCUUGUGUUUUAUCUGGGCUUGCUCUAAUUUGAAAGCAGUCUGUUGGCCACGUCCAGUAGCUCUGGCAGUUGACGAGAACGAAAAGCGCUGAGCUAAAUGGAUGCUGUAACGUUAGCGCAUGAAGCAUUUUGCUCUUUGGGAGAGCAUUCUCACAUGAGGGUUUUUUUUUUCUAGUGUGUUUGCCUUUUAAAAUAGCUAGGUUAUUUUUUCCUUACCUUAGAUUCCUUCUUCAGUGACUGUAGAGCUCUGCAUUUGUCUCAGCUGUUGUAAAUAACAUCCAUGCAGAUGGAUGGGACUUGCUCGUGGACUGGGUGUGAGCUGAGGUUCCUGGAUUCCCUGCCGUGCCUGGUAGGAUAGACGUGCUGGUUCUUGGUGGUAUGAGAAAAAGAGGCAAACCUCACAGAGGCUUGUAUAAAAAUGCCGAGGGAGAUGGUUACCGUGGAGGGAUUGGCCCUGCCUGCCUGUGCUGGAGGUAAAAUUCCUCAUUUCCUUCUAGGUUUGGGCCUGAGAAAGUGUUGGAUGAUUGUGGCCGUGCUAUUUGUAAUUUUUGGAGUGUUGUCGAUACCUCUGCCCCUUUAUUAACUCCCAGCUCCCACAGGGCUGCAGUCUCUCUCCUGUCUGCGCAAACAAGCAUAUUCCCUUGCUUGCCAGAGGCAUGGCCGAGAGUGCUGCUCUUGCUGGAGCUGCCAGAAGGGAUUCCAGCAUGUGUGCUUGCCUUGCUGGGCUGACAAGCAGAGCUGGAGCAGGCAGCUCCAGCCAUUGCUGCAUCCCCCACCACGUUCCUUGGUAGGAAGCCAGUGGCGCAAGAUGGCAGGAUCAAAGAGAGAGCUGAACGCUGCGUGGCAGGGAGAAUCUCCUGUCCUGACAGAGAGGCACUUUAUCAGAUGAACACCCAUGCAAGCAGCGCUCCGUUCAGCAGCGCUCCAGCCCCUCUUCCUCGGGGCACUCGUUGUCUUAGGCAACCAGCCACUUUGUUCUGACUUGGCAUGUCUGAGCUUCCCGGGAUGCUGAUGCGUGUCGAGCUCUCUCAGAAGUUGUUCUAGACCAAGAAGCCGUGCUAUAAACAGCUGAUGUGAAAGCGAUAGAAGCUUUUAUCUGAGCAUAGUUAUUUCAGCUCGUAGCACACUCUCUAGGGUACGCCACGCUUUGGUAGGUUGUGACACAUAAAACCUUUUACCAAAUGGCCCGAUUGCAGCACUGAUGGUCUUUGAGAGCAGUCACAUUAAUCUUCACAGGGAAGCAUUGUUUCGUGCAGGAUUUUCAGGCCGUCCCAGGUCAGAUGUCACUCUGUGCUGUCCCUGCUCAAUCCUCUCCUCUGUCCUGCCCUGCCUGCAUGCUCUUCCGGCAUCCCUCUGUAUGUAGCUGGGCCCAGGCAAAGCUGCCCUGCCACCCCCUGGCGCUGACUUGGCACCCGGUCGCUGCUCCCUAGCUCACUGCUCCCCGUCAGCUCUGCGCUGCGCAGAAAGGAGCACAGCUUGCAAGUGUGCAAACAAAAUUAGUGUAGGCGUGGCGAUAGCUUGGGGAUCAAGCUGCCUCUUCUCCCCACUUGCUGGCCCUCUCCCCGGUUGAAGCCCUUCUGUGAGCAUCUGCAGAGGGCUCAUCUCCAUUUCAUCUUCUCUGUGGCUAAUGGCAAGUGCCAGGACUCUGCCCUGGCUGCAUGUAUGCACUGCUGCUCUCGCCCACUGCCCUCGCUGUUUAACACAAGGUGAGCCCAAUGCUCAGACACUGGCUGCCAGACCCUGCCUUUCUGCAACACGUCAGAUGUGGCCACCAGCUCCCAGAAACCUGAGGAAGCUUCUGUUGUGAUGCUGAUUUGAUUUCAGACAGUGUCUGAUGAUUGCCUGAGCAGUCUGGCCAGCACAAAAUGAAUUGUUGGUAUUCCUGUCAAUGCAAAAAGCUCUGUGGGUGUUUUAAGUGUGUAUUUUCUCUUCUAAAUCCUUGAAACACAUUGACCCUGUAAAUGGCCACAUCAGGUGAUUCUAAGCAUGUUAAUCCAGCUUCCCUGCCAAGCCGGAGGAGAUAAUCGCAUUGCUCAAGCGUGGGGACAUUGUCAAAUGAUGCUGAGUGGCAAGGAUAUCGCCAGCGCUGUCACCGAGCCCCCCUGCAGAGUCCCACUGCUGCAGAUUUGCUGGCCGUUCUUCCCCCACCCCGAAGCAAAACGGGGGGGUGUGCGUACGUGUGCUGUUAACGCUUCUUCUUUCUGUCAUGCUAAACCUGUCCUGGGACUUCCAGGUUGUUGCUUUAGAGAGAAUCUGGUCCCUUUCUGGAAGAUCUUGCAGAGCUGUCAAUGUCUGCUCCCUCCGACCAGGGAGGAAAAGAGAUGGAACAAGAAGGCUGGGGCUGAGGGGAGAUAAGGAGCGUGUGUUGGCACAACUCAAGGGACUCUCUGCUGUGCUUGCAACCUCAGGCGCUCCGUGGUCCCCACUGAUGCCCCGGGUUACGCACUGGGAAGCAAGGGCACCGUCUGCAGGGGUGGUGGGUGCUGUCGGCACAAGCAGGGGCUUUGCUGGAAGUAGGGCAGCACUCAGGAGAUGCCUGCCUUGGGAGGCGUGUGCUCAGCCUGUGGCAAUGGCUGAACAUCCUUUUGGUGGGACCCUUGAUGGGUCUGGCAAAAGCGCAUCCCUGCCGUGAGUCAUAUUUGGAGCCCAAAUCCACCAGACCUCGCUUUCACAGGCUGAGCACGUGGGGGCUGGAAGCACUGAAGGGGACAGAGCGUGCGGCAGAACGGGUGGUUUAGUUCAAACCUUCUUUAACAAAUGUAAGAGCUACGCUAGAGCUUCCCUAAUGUCCUGUAUCAGGAUCUCUCAUCUUCCCCAUCCUCUUGUGGUCUGCAGAAAACCUGAGCGGUGGAAACUGUUUGAAGGAAAGGGAAGGGGGUUUUCACUUCAGAAGACCAACCUCUUGAUUUAUUCUUCCUUGGCUUUCCCUCUAAGCGCUUCCUCUGUGCAAGUGGGCAGAGGCCGUGCGUGGCUCCGACGCUUGCGAGAAGAGGGAUGGAGCUGCAGCCUGAUCCACUUUCCGUAAGAAACAACAUCCCAAGGCUUUCUAGGCGUACUAGGAAUCACAGCUUGACACUCGAUGACACUAAAUUAUUAUUGGGGUCCUUUGUAAGUUCUAAUAAUAUCCUAUUCUAGGUUAAAAUAUUUAUUUUGUCAAAUCGUUUUCUUUCCAGUGUGUUUUUUAACCUCUUCUAUUAACCCUUCAUGUGCUGAGAUGUAAGAAAUGAAUGGUUUCUAUUUAAAUAUAUCCUUUGGGGUUUUUUAAUUGUUAUGUGUAGAUUUCAGCUGCAUCUUUGGCAGGUGUAAUAGAUAACAAUGUGCUGUACAGACGUUUAGGGUGUUUAGCAUGUAGGUAAAGCUCAUAGGAGAAUUGCUCAUAAAAACGUAGCACGGUGUCUCUUAAAGGGAACAGCAUAAAAGCAGAGACUGGUCCUUACUGGGACCCUCACGUAGCCUCCAACAUACCUUUCCCCUUCUGAUUAUCACAGCCUCCGUCUCUGAAAUGUGCUGGUCAAAUCAGCUCUGCCAUUUCCAGCGCUGUUUUUACACCUCCAAGCUGAAGAAGGAUUUUAGUGGGGGUUUCUGUUCGUUUGACUUCGUUCGGCUUUUUUUUUUUUUUUUUUUUUUUUUUUUUGUGGGAUACAUUGGCUGUUUCCACUUUUUUAAAUGGAGGACUCAGCAGAGCUGGACGUGGUGGCGAGAUGUUUCCCUCCAGUGGUGGAAGAACAGAUCCGGGCAGUGGUUUCAGACCCAGGGCAGGGGUGAUGGUCCGCCCUCCGUAAGCUGCCACAGGAGCUGGGCCCACGCUCCCCCGGCACCCCGGCCAACACAGCCCUGUUCCUGUUCCUCUCUAUUCAAUGCUCUCCUGCUUUCACCCGUGAGGACAGGACAUGCAGACCGGGAGAGCAAACGCAGCCGCGUUGUCGACAGUCUCUUCCGUCCGAUGAGUUGCCAGGUCUCUUGCGGCUGCUGGGAGUCCUGUGGAGUGGGAGCUGCUUGUGCUAUCUCCAUCCCCAGGCCAGCCUCGUCCAGCUCAGUCAUUGUUUACCUCCUAAAUGCUAACCGCAAGGCUUGCGGAGCCUACCCUGGAAAAAAACAGCUCAGGACAGUUAUUUUUAUGGAAAUAAUGAAGCAGGCAAUCAGUGAGUGGAUUUAUAGCUGCCUUGGAGGUAACCCUUCAGCUGCUGGGGGCACCCACCCGCCCUUGCCCACCAGCAGAGGAGAGGAGGCAGGAACCCCCUUGCCAGGCGCCCAGAGGUGUUGCUGGUGCCCACGCAGCACCUUCCGCUCGUCCCUCCCAAACCGCAGCCCCCAGAGUGGGCUGCGUCUGCCUGCUCCCUCCCCAGGCUGCCAGCCCCAGCCGCCCCACGCCGUGCCCCGGGCACUGGCAGCAGGUUGCUGCUCCAUCCAGGGGAGAGGCGAGGCUGCGUUUCGAGCUCCGAUGCUGGUUCUCUUUAGCCCAUGGCUAACCCACGCCAAACCUCCCACCCUGCUCUGUGUUUUUAUGAGUACGAGCUCCUCAUUCUGUACAUGUUAUUAUGAGCUAUCGUUAGCCCUACAAAUGUAACCUGUGUAA